UGGUUGAGCCGGUAUUGACGCUCGAGCCCCUAAAGUUGUGUUUGUCAGUGGGGUUCUGAGCCUUUCUCCCCCGGGGGUGUCGUGCAGGUGGUACGGGCCGCUCCACAGUUCUGUCAGUGUGACGUUGGCGCCGGCAGGCAGGUCUCAACAUGUGGCAAGUCAUGAAGUGCCGGAAGUUUAAUGCAGUAUAUAACCAGCUGGUACGUCGCCAUCAUAAAGCUGUACUGGCCAUAAGAAGGGAAGACAUCAACGUCUGGGAGAGAAGAGCACCUCUUGCUCCAAAGCACGUGAAGGAGCUCACAAACCUUGGCUACAAGGUCCUGGUACAGCCAUCUAAUAGAAGAGCUAUCAAUGAGAAGGACUAUAUCAAAGCUGGUGGAAUUCUUCAGGAAGACAUCUCUGAGGCAUCACUAAUUGUGGGAGUGAAGAGACCACCAGAAGAAAAACUGAUUCCCAGAAAGACAUAUGCUUUCUUUUCUCACACUAUAAAGGCUCAGGAGGCAAAUAUGUCACUGUUAGAUGAAAUACUAAAACAAGAAAUUCGACUUAUUGAUUAUGAAAAAAUGGUAGAUCAUAAAGGAAUGCGAGUUGUGGCCUUUGGACAAUGGGCUGGAGUAGCAGGAAUGAUCAACAUGCUGCAUGGCUUGGGCCUGAGAUUUCUUGCACUGGGACAUCACACUCCUUUCAUGCACAUAGGUAUGGCUCAUAACUACCGCAACAGCAGCCAUGCUGUCCAGGCUGUGAGGGAUGCGGGAUAUGAAAUAGCUCUCGGCUUGAUGCCAAAAUCUAUCGGACCUCUAACCUUUGUGUUUACUGGGACAGGCAAUGUUUCAAAGGGAGCUCAGGAAAUAUUUAAUGAAUUGCCCUGCGAGUUUGUUGAACUUCAUGAGAUGCAAGAAGUUUCCAAGACUGGAGAUCUCAGGAAAGUAUAUGGAACUGUGUUAAGUCGUCAUCACCAUCUUGUAAGAAAAACGGAUGGAGUUUAUGACCCAGUAGAAUAUGACAAGAAUCCAGAACUUUAUACAUCAAGGUUUAAUACCGAUAUUGCACCUUACACCACUUGCUUGAUUAAUGGAAUAUAUUGGGAUCCACAUACCCCCCGUUUGCUCAACAGACAGGAUGCGCAAAGGCUGCUAGCUCCUGUUAAGUCGUCUGCAAUUGUCACCGAAGGAUGUCCAAAACUACCUCACAAACUUCUAGCCAUUGGGGACAUCUCUGCAGACACUGGGGGAUCCAUAGAGUUCAUGACUGAAUGUACAACAAUUGAUACGCCAUUUUGCAUGUAUGAUGCUAACCAACAUAUCAUUCAUGACAGUGUCGAAGGAAAUGGGAUCCUGAUGUGCUCCAUCGAUAAUUUGCCUGCGCAGCUUCCAAUUGAAGCAACUGAGUACUUUGGAGACAUGUUGUUCCCAUACAUUGAAGAGAUGCUGAUGUCCGAUGCUGAAAGAUCAGUUGAUCAGGAAAAAUAUUCUCCUGUUGUUCGAGAUGCAGUGAUUGCAAGCAACGGUUCCUUGACUCCUAAGUACAAAUACAUACAGAAGCUCAGGGAGAGCAGAGAAUACGCCCAGUUAAUGACUGUAGGAGCCAAGAAGAAGAUUCUGGUGCUUGGAUCUGGUUAUGUUUCUGAACCUGUUAUAAGUUAUCUUACAAGAGAUCCUAAUGUUGAAAUUACUGCAGUGUCCAUGGUUAAAGAUCAAGUGGGUCAUUUAUCAAAGAAGUAUAACCACACAACCCCGCUCGAGUUGGACGUCUUCAAGAAUGAAGAGAAGUUGUCCUCUUUAAUGAAGAACCAUCAACUUGUUGUCAGUUUACUGCCUUAUUCUAUGCAUCCGUUAGUGGCGAAGAAAUGCAUUAAGAAUAAGGUGAACCUGGUAACUGCUAGCUAUUUAACACCCUCCAUGAGAGAACUUCGGCAAAGUGCGGAAGAUGCUGGGAUUACGAUUGUUGGUGAAAUGGGUUUGGAUCCUGGUCUUGACCAUAUGUUGGCUAUGGAAUGCUUUGAUAAAGCUAAAGAUGUCGGAGCAAAGGUGGAAUCCUACAUAUCUUUUUGCGGGGGCCUUCCAGCCCCUGAGUGUUCUGACAAUCCACUGAGAUAUAAGUUCAGCUGGAGCCCUCUGGGUGUUCUCUAUAACACAGUACAGCCUGCCACCUACUUAAAGAAUGGAGAGGUGGUUAAUAUUGCUGCUGGGGGCGCAUUGCUUGAGUCCGUCACAGACAUGGACUGGUUUCCUGGCUUGAAUUUAGAAGGCUUCGCUAAUAGAGAUAGUACAAAAUAUGCGGAACCCUAUGGUAUUCAAUCUGCGCAUACCUUAAUGAGAGGAACUCUGAGAUACAAGGGAUUUGCUAAAGCAAUGAGUGGGUUUGUGAAAUUGGGAUUAAUAAACGCUGAUCCCUGUCCUUUGCUCGCUGUAGAUGCCCCAACAAUAACAUGGAAAGAGCUCAUCUGCCAUCUGCUGAAGGUACCAGCCACAACCAGUCUGGACCACGUUAAGGAAGCCGUAUAUAAUAAAGUAGGAAAGAAUGACAGCAACAUGGAGGCUGUGCAGCGGUUUGGAUUACUAAAUGAUGAACCAGUGCCCGUAGCACAAUCGAUCGUUGAUUCUCUGGCUCAACAUUUGGAGAUCAUGCUUUCUUACGGUCCAGGAGAGCGUGAUAUGAUUGUUAUGAGAAAUGACGUUGGCAUCAGGCAUCCGUCUGGACAUCUGGAGUCCAAAAACAUUAGCUUGGUUGUGUAUGGAGAAGUUAAUGGCUACUCUGCUAUGGCAAAAACUGUAGGAUACCCAACAGCUAUUGCUGCCAAAAUGGUUUUGGAUGGUGAAAUUGAAGACAAAGGCUUGGUCAUCCCAUUGACCAAGGAUAUCUAUGGACCAAUUUUAGAACGAGUUACAGAAGAAGGCAUUUUCUAUAAUACCAAGAGCACAUUUUCACUUUAAUUAUAUUCCUUAUCUACUGCACUGGAUUACACAUCAUCAGUGUAUACAGGGGUGAAUGUUUUACAACCAAAAGUACCAAAAACCUGAUUGUAUUGUAAACUAGGUGCACACUAAGUGAAUCAAAGGUCUCCAUACAUGGGUAAUAUACUAGGUCUCGUGUAUCACAACUGCCUAAUAGAAAAACUGGCCUUAUUGCCUGUAGCAAACAAAAUUUCACUUUGUCGCAUAGUUUAAGAUCGUAAAGCUGAACAAUUCUGUUAUGGGAUAGAAACAUUUUGGAGACUUUUGAAUUUCCCUGUAUAUCUGCCUUACUGCACAGUGAAUAACCAAAAUACGUUCCAUGUGCCAAAUAUAAAAUCUGUGAUCUUUUUAGAUAUGAAUGUAAGAAACUAUUCUGUCCAUAAGCAUAAGGAGAUAAAUGAAGCUGAAGUAAUGUGUUGUAACUAAAGG